CUGCGGACCCCUCCCCCCCGAGGGGCAGCGCUAUACGAUGUGAACGGCUGCGGGGCUCCGUAGCGCGCCCGACGGGCGGCGAUGGCCAGAGCCUGGCGCGGGAGCAGCCGCCGUCGCCAAUAGGAAGCGCCGGGGGUAGCCGGGCGGCGCGGAGAGUCGGUCGGGCCGUGAAGCGUUUGUCCGGUCCCCGCCCCCGCGGCGGCGGGUGCAUGUGGGGAGCCGGCCGGGGGCAGCGCACCGAGCCCCGGCCGGGACUUGCGACCCCCCUGCCCGCCAUGUCGGCCUCGUCCAGCUCCUCGCAGACCCCGCCCGGGCACCACCCGCCGCAGAGGAUGAGGCGCGGCGCCGCCGGGUCACCCACCGCGGCCAGCGGCGCCGUCGGCAACGGUGCGGGGGGAGGCGCCGCCAGCAGCGCCGGGACCAGCCGGCUGCUGCAGCCCAUCCGAGCGACCGUGCCCUACCAGCUCCUGCGGGGCAGCCAGCACAGCCCGACCCGCUCCCCUUCCGCCUCGGUGGGGAGCAACACCGGGCCGGCGGGCGGCGGAGGGGGCCGCGGCAGCAGCCCGCCCAGCCCGACGCCGCCGCUGGCAGUGACUGCCCCCCCGGGAGGCGGCGUGGCGGACCCGGGGAGGGUGAAGGGCAGGCAGCGGCGCUCGCCGGAGAGCGGUGGCAGCAGGAGGAGCAGCUCACCUGAGAGACGGAGCCCCAGCUCCCCGGUGUACAGAGUGGACAGGCCAAAAUCCCAGCAAGUUAGAACCUCUGGUACCAUAAGGCGAACCUCUUCUUUGGACACAAUAACAGGACCUUAUCUCACAGGACAAUGGCCUCGUGAUCCCCAUGUACACUACCCUUCAUGCAUGAAAGAUAAAGCUACUCAGACACCUAGCUGUUGGGCAGAAGAGGGAUCAGAAAAGAGAUCGCAUCAGCGUUCAGCAUCAUGGGGGAGUGCUGAUCAACUAAAAGAGCAGAUUGCCAAAUUGAGGCAGCAGCUCCAACGCAGCAAACAAAGCAGUCGUCACAGUAAAGAAAAAGAACGUCAGUCACCGCUCCAUGGCAACCAUAUAGCAAUCAGUCAGACUCAGGCUUCUAUCUCAAGAUCAGUCCCUAUGCCACUGUCAAAUAUUUCAGUGCCAAAAUCAACUGUUUCACGUGUGCCAUGCAAUGUAGAAGGAAUAAGCCCUGAAUUAGAAAAAGUAUUCAUUAAAGAAACCAGUGGAAAAGAAGAAGUAUCCAAGCCUUUGGAUAUUCCUGAUGGUCGAAGAGCACCGUUGCCUGCUCAUUAUCGUAGCAGUAGCACGCGUAGCAUUGAUACACAGACUCCCUCUGUCCAAGAGCGCAGCAGCAGCUGCAGCAGCCACUCACCAUGUGUCUCUCCCUUUUGCCCUCCGGAAUCUCAGGAUGGGAGUCCUUGCUCAACAGAAGAUUUGCUAUAUGACCGUGAUAAAGACAGUGGGAGUAGCUCACCGUUGCCCAAGUAUGCCUCAUCUCCCAAACCAAACAACAGCUACAUGUUCAAACGAGAGCCCCCAGAGGGAUGUGAGCGAGUGAAGGUCUUUGAGGAAAUGUCGUCUCGUCAGCCUGUCUCAGUCCCGCUCUUUUCAUGCCCUGACAAAAACAAGGUUAAUUUCAUCCCAACCGGAUCAGCUUUCUGUCCUGUAAAACUUCUGGGUCCCCUACUACCUGCUUCUGACCUGACUCUCAAGAACUCUCCAAACUCUGGUCAAAGCACAGCUUUGAGCACUCUGACUGUUGAGCAACUUUCAUCUCGGGUCUCCUUCUCAUCUCUGUCAGAUGACACCAGCACAAUGGACUCUACAGAGGUUUCAGUACAACAGCCAUCCCAACAGCAGCAGCCGCUUUUGCAGGAACUUCAGACUGAAGAACUCUCCUCUCCUCAGAGCUAUGUGGUAAUCUAAACCAAGGUGGAGCAGGCCUCUGCCCUGAAACAAGGACUGGGGAGUCUAUACUAAUACAUCUGCAUGGAGUGGCAACCUUUUCCGAACAAAACAAAAUACUUAUCAGCAUCUUAAAAAUAUCUCAAUACUGUUCUUGGCAGGGACAGAACUCAUAUUCAGCAUUUUUUUGUGAAAAAGCAGUAAUGCUUGCAAAAACCGUGCAUCAUUAAGCAUUUAAGUGGAGACUAUGCAUUUCAUAGUAUGACCAGAUUAGUACUGUGUCUUGUGUUCUGUUUCAAAUUCUACAGUAUAAAUAAGCUCUGUAUCAAAAAAGUUGCCUGUCUGAAUAGAAAAUGUCUUGCUGUGUUGUGUCCUAUGGAAAAUACUGUACUUC